AUGCUGAUCACUCGAGAACUUGUACUCUACGAGGCGAUAAUCGGAGGUAGAUGCCGGCUACACCUCCUUUUGGAGCGACCGCCUAAAGACAGAACGGCACUAUGCUGGCGUUGCCUUUGCCAUCCAAGAUAACAUCGUGAGACGCCAUCCUUAUCUACUGCAGGGCAUCAACGGCCGUCUCAGGUUUCUUACGUCCUCCUCUGCGAAAAACCAAAUUCGCCACCAUCGUCAGUGUCUAUACCCCCUCCCCCCAACAAAGACUAGAUCCAACGAGACGAACAAAUUUGACGAAGAGCUGCACGCCUUUUCGGUGACUGCUUCGAAGACGGACAAACUGAUUGUCCAUGGUGACUUCAGUGCCGGCGUCGAAAUAGACCAUGCUGCUUGGGAGGGAGUGUCGGGUUUUCACCGAAACGGCGCCUGCAACAAUGACGGCCUCUUCCCACAGACACAACCUUCUGGUAACCAGCACCUUUUUCCACCUUCCGACAUGGGAGAAGGCAACGGGAAUGCACUCCUGCUCUCCAUGCUGACAGCUACUGAACUAUAUUCUCAUCCGGAGGUGGGGCUGCUACGACGUGCUGGGGACAAAGACGAUUUGCGAUGUCGACGGCUGGACGGAUCACCGCCUCAUCAUCUCCAGAAUGAGGUUACAAAUUCAAACCCGCGGACGUCCAUAAUUCAGAAUAAGUUGAAUCGUCGUUUAGGUUUCAGCGAUCUACUGACCCGCCGUCUGAAAGAAAUGCAGGCUCCGGAAAACAACGCCAUCGUGGAGACACAAUAG